GAAAUCCACAUCAACAACAAUAAAGAUGUCGGACCAAUAUGCCACCGUCCAGAAAGGUUCCCUGAAAUUGAAAGGGAUUGGAGUGGUUUCCGCUGGGAAAAGAAAGAAAAAGGACAAGGAGAAGAAGCAGCGUUUGGAGCAGCAGAUUAAUACCAAUCAAAACGAAGAGGAGGAGACCAAGAAAGGAUACAUUGACAAAAGAACACCAGCUCAAAUAGCCUUUGACAAGAUGCAAGAGAAGAGGCAAAUGGAGAGGAUUCUGAACAAAGCAGAAAAAACUCACAAACGAAGAGUUGAGGAUUUCAACCGUCACCUGGACACCCUAACAGAACAUUAUGAUAUUCCCAAAGUCAGUUGGACCAAGUGAAGAAGACUCCUGGAUACCUUUUUUUUUUGCUUUGGGCAGGCCUUUUUUGCUGAUUGUUACCCCCAUGUAACUUUAGUUGUGGCUUUUUGUAAAUUUGUUGUUGUAUUAAAGUUUCAUAUAAUUU